AUGCCCCUUAGCAUCCUCGACAACUUCUACCUAUCAGAUGAGGAGCUCGAGAACAGCCCCAGCCGGCAGCAUGGCAUUGACAGGGAGACGGAGACGACGCUGCGGGUCUACGGGUGCGAUCUCAUCCAGGAGGCCGGCAUCCUGCUGCAGUUCCCGCAGGCGGCAAUGGCCACCGGGCAGGUGCUGUUCCACAGGUUCUACUGCAAGCGCUCAAUGAAGGACUUCAACGUGAAGAAAGUGGCGGCCACGGCGCUGUGGCUGGGCGCUAAGCUGGAGGAGGUGCCGGAGGUGUCGCAGCACCCUGAGAAGCUGGUGCGCAAGGUGCUGGUCACGGUGGACCGCAUCUGCUCGCGGCGGGAGGACGCAAAGCCGUCGCUGCUGGAGCUGUCGUCAAAGGCGUACGCCUCAUUCCGCGAGGCCCUGGUGCGCUACGAGCGGGAGAUGCUCAAGGCCUUCGGCUUCAUAACGCACGUGCACCACCCCCACAAGCAGAUGCUCAACUACUGCCAGGUCAUACGCGCCGACACGGCGCACCACGCGCUGAUGCAGGAGGCGUGGAGCAUCGUGAACGACAGCCUGCGCACCACGCUGUGCCUGCGAUUCCGGCCCCACGUCAUCGCCUGCGGCGCCAUCUUCUACGCCGCGCGCCGCCUGCACGUCGCGCUGCCCGAGGAGCCGCCGUGGUGGCGGGUGUUUGGCGUGGAGGAGGCGGGGAUGUUUGAGGUCGUAAGGGUCAUGCACGAGCUGUACCAGCGGCCAAGGGCGGAGCACAUCCCUGUGUUCAGGCACAUCCUGCCCAGCAAGCCGCCGACGCCCGUGCUGUCGCCGGCGCCGGGCGCGGAAAAGCGCGGCGGGCCGCUCGACGGGGCGUCGGCGGAGCGCGGGGCCGUGCCGGCGGCGCCGGUGGCGGCGGCGGCGCUCGCGGCGGGGUUGGGCGGCGCGGAGGGUGGAGGCGGAGGCAGCGCGCCGCGGGCGCCGACCAGCAUUGGCGGCGGCGGGGCGCCGCGACUGACGUGA